AUGGAUGAAAACCAAUUUUCAGGCCAUUUGCCUGAGAAUCUUUGCCAAGGUGAGAAACUUGAGAACUUCACGGUGAAUAGUAACAAGCUGUCAGGGCCAAUUCCAAGAAGCUUGAGCAAGUGCUCGAGUUUCAAAAGGGUUCACUUUGAUAACAACAGUUUCACCGGGAACUUAUCUGAAGCUUUUGGUAUCUAUCCAGAGCUUCAAUUAAUUAAUUUGAGUGAAAAUGAUUUUCAUGGUGAACUCAGCAGCAACUGGGGAAAAUGCGAGAAUUUGACUGAUCUGCGGAUAGCCAGAAAUAACAUUAGUGGCAACAUACCGCCAGAGAUUGGAAACCUGAGAGGGCUACUAGGACUUGAUCUUUCAUCAAAUCAUUUGGUUGGGCAGAUUCCCAAGGAAUUUAGAAAAUUGACCUCUCUAGUUAAUCUUUUUGUGCAAAACAACAAAAUUUCUGGCAGUAUACCUGGGGAAAUUGGGUCACUAACAAAGUUAGAAACCCUUGAUUUGUCAGGCAAUGUAUUUAAUGGGUCAAUCCCGAUGUUUAUAGGAGAUUACAUGAAACUGAUUCACUUGAACCUGAGCAACAACAGAUUUGGCCAGAACAUUCCGAUGGAGAUAGGAAGGAUAACUCACCUUAAUGUGCUUGAUUUGAGCCAUAAUCUUCAUGAUGGAGAAAUACCCCCUCAGUUGUACCAUUUGCAGGACUUGGAAAUCAUCAAUCUUUCCCACAAUCACCUCUCUGGCCGCAUUCCUAAAGAAUUUAUAAGUUUGAGUGGUUUGCAGGAUGUCAUAUUGUCAUACAAUGAGUUGGAAGGUCCAAUACCAAAUAAUAAAGCUUUUAUGAAUGCCUCAUUAGAAGGUAAUAAAGGUCUUUGUGGUAAUGUAACAGGAUUCCAGCCUUGCAGUAGUAAAUAUCUUACUUGA